GCCAAUCAGAUGUUUUCAGUGCUACAGCUUUGGCCAUCGGGCACGACUUUUCGCCUUGAUUCGUGUUUUCGGCAGGUUUUCCGCGAGUGAAAACCGCCCAAGCGGGUGUAAAAAUAGUAGCUUCUAUUCUCGAAACGUGCCUCUCGUGCAAAAGCUAGGCGAAAUAAUUUAACAGCCCGAAAAGUGAAGAUUUGUGCGCAGCACACGUGGCGUUGCCAGACAGUUGUGACAAUUCGCUUUGGAUUCAUUUUUGGCGAUUAUCCAAAUUUUCGCGACGUUAGCAGUGCGGAGGGAGGCCGCGCAUUUCUUCAAUAUUAGUUAUUCUAUUAAAUCUGCGAAAAAUCGCGUUCCAAUUGGAAAAUUGUUGCGUGACAAAGGAGUUGCCAGACCAACCACAAGUCUCACGGGUCCACCUCUACUUUGUUUUCAUUCGGAAAUUGGGAAAAAGCUCAUUGGACUGCACUGAUUUGCCGAAUUAAAAUUGGAAUAGUGCGUUCCCACGACCAAGAAUCCCCUCGAGAUGUCGGGGCAUGCGGAGCUCAAGGAGCUGGGCAUGUUCGAGCUGCGCCCUCUGGUCACCAACCUCAGCUGCAAGCUGUCCGCGGUGACGGCGGGUCUGGACGAAAAGCAGUUUUUGUGCCUGGUCAGCGAGGACAAUGAGAUCCUGCUGCGCUACAUCAGCGCCUCCUCCGGCCAGGAGGUGGUCAAGAUGAUAUCCUGGUUCCGCAAUCGCGUCAUUCACGACGUCUGCUUCGAUCCGGCGGGCGUUUGGCUGCUGGUGCUAUGUUUCGACAACACGCUGCACAUUGUGCCCGCCCUGGCGCUGGUGGAAAAGAGUCAUGGCCUGGCCUCCUCAUCGCUGUACAGCACCAGUCAGGUGACCUCCUACAUCAUACCCUUCGUCGGUCCGCACGAGUGCCCCAACUCCAAGAAGUGCCCUAAUCACUCGGCGGGACUUUGCGAGCCAACUGUGGAACCGGUAGAGCAGCUGGCUGAGAAUCUGGAGCAGGUUAGGCUGCAGGAGGAGGAGGAGCCACUGGGUCACGAUCUGCCGGAGCACAUGCUGGUGAGGAAUAGCGGCACAGAGGAGACAGGAGCACAAGCGCAGCAACAGCAGCCCAUCGAUGCAACCGGCAACAGCCAGGUGAUGGCCACCUCCUUCAUGGCGUCCAAGACCUGCCCCUAUCCUCUGUCCGUCGUCUGGUGGAAGACCAACAGCGGUCAAAAUAGGGCCAUUAUAGGAUACUCGGAUGGAUCCAUCUGCUUUGUGGGCCUAAGUCCCAACUGCCCCAUGAUCGCGAGCACUGCCAUCGAAAACGGAUCUGUGAUGCGUCUAGUUAUCUGCAAGGAUAAAGCCUACGAUGGCGUCAUGCUGUUGAUAACUUCGUCACUAAAACAGCAGUACAAGCUCUUGCUAGAGCAAAAGGCAAUCAAGUACGUAUAUCCUGGAGACAGUUCACCGACGACCCGUGAAGGAGCCUGGCAGAUCGUAAUGUCCGUGCAGGGCAAGCAGCAGAAUACGGUGACAGGCGCCCGACAAAGCAAUAGUUCCGACCCGGCCUCGGAUAGCAGCCAGUUGGAAGAGGACGUCUUCGCACCGCCGUCUAGCGAGGAUGCAGCGGGCAGCAAUCAAGCAGCGGCAACUGCAGACUCGUCCACCGUUCCGGCGCCCACAGAGGCAACAACUGCAGAUGUUCCACCACCGCCAGCGCCGCCUUCUUACAGCGAGGCAGUGGCCCGGCAAACAAACGAGCAACAAGGAGGCGUUCGCUUCCAACAACAACAACUGCCAGCGGGCAGCAUGGAUGGCAUUUUGCCCGCGACGAGAGCCCGCCUAGCAUCGCUCAAGAGUUUGGGAUCCAAAAAGUUACAGGCCAUCAAGAUGCGCCUCUCCGAUCAGCGGCAAAAGUUCGAUGAAUUUAUGCCGGACUCGACGAUGGGCUCGUUUGCAAUCAUGGAUUCGCCCUCAGUAACGCCAGAGCCGCUGGGAACCACCACUGGAUCCUUUUACACCAUCCAGAAUCUGCGCAGCACCUUUCUACUAAGUGCAUUGCAUAGCAAUAGUCACAGUUUGACCGUGCACAGCAUUGACAUCAGUCUGAAGCCAUUGUUCGUUUACAAGAUUCCGAAGCACACCCAGGAAAUACUCAUAAGCUCCAACAUACUCUACGGUAUACACUACGUAGACCUGCACUGUCGCAGUGACUCGGCCAUUUCCACCGCGGCCUCAUCGCUGGAGGAUCCGAUGGUGGCCAACACAGACAAGGAGAAUCGGGACGCGGACAUUGAGAAGCUGGAGCAGGCGGAGGUUAGUGCCCAGAAGAGUGAUACAACCAGUGCAACAACUACGGCCACCUCGAGCCUGGAUCAAAGCGAGAUGCCCAGCAAUGCCAUCAAUGCCGUGAGCGUGAUCAGCAGUGCAAUGGCCUCCCUCCAUACUACCGACGAAGAUCGCUUUAAUAAUCUGGCCCAGUUAGGUCUCUUUCGCUUUGAGCAUGAAACUGUGCUGCAUUUAUAUCAGAUGGCACAGUACCGCAAUCCCGCCGACCAACCAGAGACCCUUACCAAAGAGGAGAAGGCCAAGGCUUUUGAACUGAAAGAUAUCCACACGCCCAUGGAUUACAUCCAGUUCUAUGAGACGGCGGAUGUCAGCAGUGAGUUUUCUCUGCGCCAAAUGGAGAUAAUGCAAUCCGAGUUCCCGAAGAUUAACUACGAUCCAAGCUAUGUGAUCACCAAUAAAAAUGUAUAUACAAUACAGCUGAGAAAGGAGCCGUUUGAAUUGUUUUUGGAUGCCGCUCUGCAGAACGAGUUUAAUCAGUGCCGCGACUUCUGCAACACUUUUGACCUCUCAUUCGAGCAGUGCAUCGAAUUCGCUGGUGAUUAUCUUUUGAGGCGAAAGAAGAUUACCCAGGCUUUACUCACGUACAACGUGGCCCGGGUGAAACCGAUACGCACAGCUUUAAAACUGGCCAUGUACGGACACACAUACGCCCUAAUGCAGCUGAGCGCCAUGGCCCUAAAGUCAACAUAUCUGCUGCGAUCGAAGUACUUGGGUCACCCGCUGCUCAAGGGCAUUUUGGGAGACAUUACAUACCGACACUCGGAGGAUGUACGAGUGAUCUUGCCCGAAAAACAGCAGCAGGGGGAUGUUAUUAGCGGCGCCGUUUGCAGCGACUAUCACUAUGGUGUGGACGAGUCAAUUAGCUCCCUUCAAAUGUCGCCUUCAUCGCAGUUUCAUUUGGCGAACUUGUUGCUCAUUACGAUGGCCGAGAAGGCAGUGAAUGAUAAGAACUAUAUACCGCUGUGGAACUUUCUGGUGACCAAUAGCAAAUAUCACACCAACAUGACGAGCAUUGUUCUUUGCCAAAGUGGACUCUUCUCGUCGGCCAUUAUAUUGGCAAAAAUACGAGGUGUGUGUUUGGAUACAUUUAAUGCUUUGAUCAGCGUGGUGGCCCAGGAGUUCGGCUGGUACAACGAGCUCAACGUUUGUCUGUACAAUCUGAGCGAAAAUAUAUUUAUGGAGACAAUAACCUACUUGCCGCAUGUGUCCAUGGAUUACUUUGCUUUCAUCCAGGAGAAGCUUGAUCAUAUAAGACCUUGUGUGUUGCAGCGUCUGUCCAAGCAACUGAACCCCUUUUCUCCCGCUCUACGGCCUAUUGUAUCCCACAACAGCGACUGCGCGAUGUCUAAUGAUAAUAAUCCCCAGUUAUUUGAGUUUUGCAAAAGUCUAAUUGAAACAUAUUUGGCAGUGCUCAUACAUAUGGAAUCCCAGCGGGUGAAGCAUGAUUCUAUUGUGAAUGCUUUAUCGAAUUUCCGUAUAAACUAUGAAGACAAUCAGUUUGCCAUUGAAUCUUCACGUUUCAAACCGAUCUCAGCUGGUUGUGCCUACUGCGCCUGUGUUGUGGAUGGAACCGCAUACUUCUGGGGCUCCAGUGGCAUUCCCAGUUAUUAUAGUGCUCAAAAGUCAACAGAGCCACCAGAACCAGCGCAUGCUGUAAAAAGCCUAGAUCUCCUUUCCCAGCUCAAUUUGCAAGUGCACGCUAUUAAGUGUGGACGACAGCAUACACUUAUUCUAACUAAUAAUGGCCUUUAUUCAGUGGGAAAUAACAAUCUUUGCCAGCUGGGUAUUGGACGGCACAUGCAGAUGGCUUUGCAACCGAUGUUGGUGACGGCUUUGGAUGGCAUGAAUAUAACGAUGCUCGAGGCGGGUCAAUAUCAUAAUGCGGCUGUGGCGGAUGGCAAGCUCUAUAUGUGGGGAUGGGGCGUCUAUGGCCAGCUGGGACAGGGCAGCUGCGAGAAUAUUGCUACUCCACAACUAGUCAGUUUUUUCAAGUUUAAGAAAAUUUUACAAAUAUCGCUGGGCCAUGCGCACACUUUGGUACUGUGCGGGGCAUCCAACAACUACAUGGAGGCUAACUACUGCAGCAACGAGCUUUUCGUAUUCGGCUCCAAUCACUUUGGUCAGCUUGGCACCGGCAAUAGCGAUCACGGAGGCGACACCAAGAUAAACCUGCCAAUGCUCCUGGAAGUGGGCGGCUGCAGCCUAAGACUGAUACACACCAAAUUUUUUACCAAUUUAGCUGUAGACGAAAAGGAUCGUCUGUACACAUGGGGUAGUUCGCCACAGGCUUUGCGCCUAGCCAAUCAAAUAAAGCGUCGCGCCAACGCCAAGCAGAAAAUGGAAGAGAACCAGCAACGUGAGCUCUUGAGCAAGCAAUUGGAGGCUACUCUGCUGCCGGCACCCAUCCCGAGUACCAGCGUCCUGGUGGAGCCCACCACAUCCUAUGCAGCGGUGGUGUCCGGAGCCACACCGAAGGCCCCCAGCGAGACCAAAGAUUGCCAGGAGGCCCAGAACGAGGCAGCGCCGUCAGAUGCUACGGAAAAAAUUGCCCCGGCGUGUAUGCGAGAGCCGGAAAUACUUAAAGCGACCCCACCGCCACCCACUGCGGUUCCUGCACCAGCUCCUGCUGCUGCCACCGAACCGGAUCCCACGGAACACCUGACACCUCAUCUGGUGGAUACCAGCGAGGUGGCAGGACAAAUUCUGCAGAUCUCCAGUGGCCUGUUCCACUUCUGUCUGAUCUCGUCCAGCUGCACGCUCUACACGUGGGGCAAAAACCUGGAACACCAACUGGGCACCGAGGACAAGGAUCGACGGGCGGUGCUAAAGCCUUCGCCCAUUGAUAGCAUAGAACGUCCCAUGUACGUAGACUGUGGUGCGGACUUCACGCUGGUCAUGACCACCGAUCACAUUGUGCGAGCCUUUGGCGGCAAUUCGAACGGCCAGUGUGGCCGAGAUUUGGGACCCAGCGUGGAGAGAAUGCGACAGAGAGUAGUGUGCCUGCCGACCACUAAACGACUGAUGCGAUUCGAGAGCCAGUGCGUGGGAGCGCCAGUGGAGAUUAAUCUACCGAGACCGCGCAUACGUCUGGACCAGGAUCCAGUGAGAUAUCUAAAGGUUAUGCCACCAUAUCAGCCGCACUUCCUGCAGCCGGCAAACAUCAGCUUCGAUCAACACUACUCUGUGGGCACUCCAAACUACAAGAGCAGCACGGAGCACGCGGCAACUGGGCAGGACUCGGACGAUAUGCUGAGUAGCCUUGAGAACCUUAGUCAAAACGAUGGUAGCUUCUCGUACAAUGCGCCAGUGCUGGGAGACGCCCACAGCUCUAUCGAUAUGGACUACACCCCCGAGGAGCAGAGCUAUGUACCAUUACCUGGCCAGGCUUUGGGUUCUGGGAUACCCGUGCAUCCGGAGAAACUGCUGGACCGAGAUGAUGACGAUGCCAGCACCUUUACGCAGAGCACCGAGGGAAUGGAAGGGACGUCACUGCAACAACUGCGUCAUUACAUUCACUACUGCCUGUACGCCUUUCAUGGAUUGUACAAUCCCGACAAGAUUAGCGAAUGCGCCCGUCCAAAUCGCAACGAAUACCGCAUACGUAUCUGUAUGCUCAACUUUCGAUUCGUGGAAGCCUUCCGGUUGUGUCUGCAAAGCUGCGAUUCCGCCCAGCGCACGCUCAAGUUGUUCGAGUACUUCAGCAAGGACACGGGCUAUGUGCCUCUAAGGAGAUCCGAUCUGAAGCACCUCAUCUAUCACCUGUGUCUGCACUUCCUCGAGCGCAAGUUUGAUAUGCUGGAGUGUGAGCGGUUUUUCAUGGGCGAUCUGGACUACUAUCUGCUGGAGCUGGCCUACGUCUUCUACUUCAACAACAAUAAUUCGACGCUGGAGCAGAAUCUCAACCAGAAGUUCAAGCAGCUUAUUGCGGCGGCGGACAGCAAUCAGGCGGCUUCGUCGGCGGGUCAGGAGCAUCAGCAGCAGCAGCUCCAAGACACCGAUGUCAUAUUCGAUAGCUUUACGGUCAAGUUCAAGACGAUCCUGUGCCAGCGCCUGCUCAGCUACUCGGACUGCGAGGCUGCCAAUUAGCAGUGGCUGGGCCCUGGAAACUCGUUUCCGGUCCUGAAUCCCGUCAACUUCCGUUCGACACGCAUCAGUUGAGGGCCCAUCUUUGUCGUCCGUCUUGUUUAAUAUGUUUCGUUGUAAAUUCAGUCCGAGAACCGGGGACUGCCCUUAACACACACACAGACACACCCCACCCUUCCUCUUCCCUUACAUGUUUACGCCUAAUUAUAUAUAUAUCAUAA